AUAAAGUGGAUAUUGGUGCUGACCCGAGAGCAACAUUUCAAGUUCACUUGUUUGUUUGGAUUCGUGAGCAGCACUAAAGAUAGUGCAUGAGCGUUCUGGAGGAAAUCGACUAAUUUGAUCUCUUUUGGCCCAUAUAAUUCCUUGAUUUUAUUAACUUCAUUCUAGGCUGACGCAAAUGAAUGAUGGACCAUAACAAAGAUGGCGGCAGCGGUUUCACACCGCACUGGAAGAGUCCAUUCGGCGUCACUCGCAUCAACAUAUCUAGUUCCGGCCUGCUCAUUUAACGUCACUUCCGUUCUCGGCAUGGCGCCCUGCGCUUCUUUCUUCCAAGUGUGGCGGUGGGCUUACAGAGUGAGGGAAACCCAGCCGGAAGAGAGCCUCCCCGGCGGAAUCUGAAAGAAUGGGGGUGCUAGCAUCAUGGAGAGAGAAGGUGGGGAGUCUGUGGCUGUUUACGCCGUGGUGACUGACCCUCGGUUUACCCAGCGAUACAGGGAAUAUCUCGAGAAGCAGAAACUCUUGGAUAGCCGGCACCGCGUGGGAAAGAUGCCGGAUGGCACCGUGGCGCUGCCGGUGCUGGGACAGACGCUCCCGGAGCUGCACCUACAGGAGCUGAGGAACCACGUGGCCCCGGGCAGUACCUGCGUGCUGACGCGGCUCCUGCAUCCCGUUUCUUCAAAGAAGGCCCUGGUUUGUUCACCUGCUCAAAGACUCUGCUUUGAGGUGAGGAGCUGGAUAGAGGGUCGGGGAGUGACGUGGUCGGCUGAAUUGGAGGCCGAUUUGCCCCGAUCUUGGCAACGGCAUGGAGACCUCCUGCUGCUCAGUGAAGACUGUUUCCAAGCCAAGCAAUGGAAAAGUCUGGAACCAGAACUGUGGGAGACCGUUGCAUCGGUCCUUGGCGUCCAGCGUUUGGCAAAACGAGGACGGGUGUUACCUGAUGGCAUUCGAACUCCAGCAGUGACUGUGCUGCUGGGCGACCAUGGCUGGGUAGAGCAUGUGGAUAAUGGCAUCCGAUAUAAGUUUGAUGUGACCCAGUGCAUGUUCUCCUUUGGAAACAUCACAGAGAAGCUGCGAGUGGCAUCGCUGUCCUGUGCUGGAGAAGUGCUGGUGGAUCUCUAUGCAGGGAUUGGUUAUUUUACAUUGCCCUUCCUAGUUCAUGCUGGUGCCGCCUUUGUCCAUGCCUGUGAGUGGAACCCGCAUGCUGCAGUUGCUCUGAGAAAUAACCUGGAGAUCAAUGGAGUAGCAGAUCGGUGCCAAAUACACUUCGGGGAUACCAGGAAACUGAAGCUCUCAAACAUUGCAGAUAGGGUGAACCUGGGACUGAUUCCCAGCUCUGAAGAAGGCUGGCCCAUUGCCUGCCAAGUGCUUCGACAAGAUACUGGGGGCAUUUUGCAUAUCCACCAAAAUGUGGAAUCUUUCCCUGGGAAGAGCCUUUGGCCUUCUGGAAGCACCAAAACGGAGGAAGAACAUUGUCCACAUCCUCAGCAAGUUAUCACCAACAAAUUGGAAAAUGGAACGACCAGGGACUCUAAGAGAAAAAUGCUGUCACCAUCCACCAAGCUAGAGUGGCAAAGGUGGGCUGAAUCUGCAGAAACUCGAAUUACUGAUCUUCUUCAGCAGAUGCAUGGGAAACUCUGGAAGACACAAAUCCUGCACAUCCAACCGGUGAAAUCUUAUGCUCCCCAUGUGGAUCACAUAGUCCUGGAUCUGGAAUGCCGUCCUUGUCCUCUAGUUGGCUAGAGGAGGUGGAUCCAGUGACACAAGGGAUCCAUGUGAGUGGCCCUUAAUGCUUCAGCUCAGGAUGGGUUCUUAACCCUUUUUGUCUCCUGAUGAUAAGUUUUUGAUAUUUUGUGGUCUGAAAGCAGGCUUUAGACCAAUACAAAUAUAAUUUCAUUUGUCUUCCAUUGAUUCUCCUGAGAAAGUGUUGCCUUUCUAGGGGAAAGAGCAUGGCUUAUUAAACUGAGGCUCAUCUGCGCAAUCAUGAAUUCUGAAUUUUCUUUUUUAUUAGUGUGUAUUAGUUGCAAUGAAUUCUGAAUUUUGACCUCAGUUUUGACUUUGGGUACAUGGUUUCAAUAUUCAUUUGGUCUUCGACGUCUUUGUUUCCAAAGUAGGGUUUUACUUUAAGCAUCUCACACAGCUGUUACCUAGUAAAAGUGUACACAGGCAUUGGUUAUUUUAGAAAGAUAGUUUUGUUCCCCAUUUCAGUCCAGCUGUAAUUUGGAAAUUGAUAUGAGCAAGAACAGGGAGAUCAGUGAGAAGCUUCUGCGAUGUUCAAACAUGAAAUGAUGGUUGUUUGGACUAGGGUGAUGGCAGAGGGAGGUUGGUGGAGUUGGGAGAAUAAAAUCAGUUGGACCAAGCAUUGGAAUCCAAAUUGAACAUUAACAUGAUGCUGCGUUAUUAUGACUGACUAAAUUAUGGAGGGGCGUGAUCAAGUAGUAUAAUUAACUCUAUUCCUCUAGCAUUCCUAAACGUUUGGGGGAGGUGCCUUAUAUAUUAGGUUUAUCAUGGUAGAAGGGUUAAAAUUCACUGCUCUGAAUCAUGGGGAAUUUAAAUUCCUAUCCUUACGUUCGCGUGACAGCUGUCAAUUACUGUUUUGAAAGUUCUGGUUAAACUCUUAGAAUUUUAUAAGCCUCAAACUUCAUCUUCCUUGCCUGGACAACAAUGUCAGGGACAACGUAAGCUAUAGUAGAGCUUGUGGUACAGCUCAAUGGUAGAGUGCUUGCCUAGGCUCAAUGCCCAGCACUCUCAGCCCCCUCCAAAAAGAAACUAUGGGAAGUUAUGAGCUAUUUUGGAGAGUUUUCAAGCCUCACCUUAUUUUAUGGCAGUCUGCUAUUCACUAGAGUUUGCCAUUAGGAUGACUACUAGUUGAGAAACACUUAAGCUUUGUUUUGGUUCAUCUUGAAGCCAUCUGGGCUUAUUUUCUUGUUGAAGGAAAUGUAGAAAAGGUUCUAAUUGUAUCUGACAUUUGGCUGGCAGGAGUUGUGUAUGGCUGCUAGUAGUGUUGCUCUUGCAACAGUAGCAAU